UCUGGAACACCCUGCACGCAGCCGCAGCCGCAGCAACAGCAGCCGCAGGCGCAGCAGCAGCAACAACCAUUCACCCUGUUACAACACACACAAAUGUCCAAUAAGCUAAAUCCGAAACGCCGUGAAGGUCCGAUCGCUACCGGUACCGGCACACCAUCGGCCGGCAAUACAUCCUCAGCCGCUAACACAUCCUCCUCCUCUAGUUCGUCACUGUCGUCCGCUGGUGGCGGUGAUGGUGGCAUGUCUGCCGAUUUAACUUCGUUGUUCGAGUGCCCGGUGUGCUUCGAUUAUGUUUUGCCACCGAUAUUACAAUGUUCUAGCGGGCAUCUGGUAUGCGUAUCAUGUCGCUCGAAACUCACCUGCUGUCCAACAUGUCGCGGCCCAUUGGCCAACAUACGCAAUUUGGCAAUGGAAAAGGUCGCCUCCAAUGUGAAAUUUCCGUGCAAACACUCAGGUUACGGCUGUACAGCAUCGCUUGUCUACACCGAAAAGACCGAGCACGAAGAGACAUGCGAAUGUCGACCAUAUCUAUGCCCAUGUCCGGGUGCAUCGUGCAAAUGGCAAGGUCCAUUAGAUUUGGUCAUGCAACACCUAAUGAUGUCCCACAAAAGCAUCACCACGCUACAGGGGGAGGAUAUUGUCUUCCUUGCUACCGAUAUCAAUCUGCCUGGCGCUGUUGAUUGGGUUAUGAUGCAGUCAUGUUUUGGUCAUCAUUUCAUGUUGGUGCUCGAGAAGCAAGAAAAAUAUGAUGGUCAUCAGCAAUUCUUCGCCAUCGUACAGUUGAUCGGCUCACGGAAAGAAGCCGAAAAUUUCGUGUAUCGAUUGGAGUUGAAUGGCAACCGUAGACGCCUCACCUGGGAGGCUAUGCCGCGCUCCAUACACGAAGGUGUUGCCUCUGCUAUACACAACUCGGAUUGCUUGGUGUUUGAUACAUCGAUUGCACAACUCUUUGCGGAUAAUGGCAAUCUGGGAAUAAAUGUAACAAUUUCAAUUGUCUAAAAAGGACUUACACACACAUACUUAUAUACCAACACACACUUACACAUGUAGAGAGAGAAGACAAGAACAGGAAAUAUUUGUAGAAGAUAAAGCGUGGAAAUUUAAGGGGAAAGAUAGUGCGAUAAUGAAGAGAGAGGGAAUGAGGUCACGUGGUAUUGCAAAAUGGGACUUAAUGGAAGAAAGCGACUAUUGAGCAGGGAACGAAAAAUGGCUGCAGAUAUGCAUACAUACAUACAGUUUGCAAAGAAAAUUCUUUUUUUUUUAGAAAUUUUAGUAAAAUGUAAAAAAUAUAC